GCCGUAGCGGCGUAGCGAGACGGACGCUACGACGGCGCGUAGCUCGUAGCCCGUAGCACGCUACGAGACCGCGUAGCAUUCGGCUACGAAAUUUGUGCUACGAAUAUCGAGUGAUGAAACGAAAAGACUUCGUGCUCUAGUGAAGUGAAAAUCCAAAUGUUUGAUACCUAAAUUUGUGCUUGGAUUUUGUGAAGACAAAAUGAAGACCACGACCAAAGCAACAUAAAAAAUGCAAACUUAAAGCCGUGCUCAAAAAAAUGUGAAGUGAAAAAUUCGCAAGAAAAUGUUACAAAGGUGAUGUGCAAGUGAUCGUAAACCAAGAUGGCGAUGGUGAUAUCGCAAGCGACGAAGGCUGCUAUUGGUGGGUUCCUGGCGCUGAUGAUACUGGGUGCUGUGCUGGUGGUGGGCGCCGCCUUCGGCUGGUUCGACCCUCGGCGGGAGGACGAGGAUUCCCCGGCCAAGGUCAGCGCGCGGCUGAGCCAAGGACGAACGUCUUUUGUCACGCAUCGGGCUGUAAGCCCAGAGGAGAAUCGGUUGCCCAUAAUAUCACAUUCAUCGCCAUAUUUCCCAGGAGAUAAUCCAGAUAAAGGAGAUACCGCAUCAGGACAGUGUCGGUGUAGCCCCACGGACGUGUCACUGAUCCUGGAGACCAUGCCCGACCUGAAGGGUCCACCGGGGCCGCAGGGGCAGACCGGCGCUGACGGCACCACGGGCGCGCCGGGGAAAACUGGUCAAAUAGGCGAGCCUGGACCGCAAGGACCAACCGGUGCUAAAGGGGACCGAGGCGAGCGCGGGGAGACGGGGUCACCGGGGCCGGAGGGGCUGAUGGGACCAAAAGGGGAACCAGGGGCGGAUGGACCACCCGGCCUUACUGGUCCACCCGGGCCACCUGGGCCUAGUACGGCUUUGAUUGAAUCAACUGGAUUAUUCGGGUCCAGUAAUCCGGCGGAGGUCUCAGCGGGUCUGAUUGGUCCGCCCGGGCCGGCGGGCGAGCGCGGCUAUCCGGGCAGCAAGGGGGAACGCGGGUUGUAUGGACCUAAAGGCGAUAAAGGCGAACGGGGUUACACCGGGCUGCGUGGGCCUCACGGAGGCAAAGGCGACCGGGGGGCGGCGGGGCGCGAUGGUUCACCCGGCUUGCCCGGCGCGCACGGACGACCGGCCGAGAAGGGCGAAAAAGGUGCGAGGGGACUCCCGGGCCCACCGGGGCCGCCGGCGCCCUUCGUGUCUGAUAACUCUGUUUUAGGAGAAGUCACUAAACCUGGUGGACGGGACACGGCGCUCGCAAGACCGACAAUGAAGGGGGAGCGAGGAGAGCGCGGGGAAAAGGGAGAAAAAGGCACCCGUGGUAUCGAAGGCCCCCAAGGAUUCCCCGGAGUGGACGGCAAGCCAGGCGAGCGCGGGGACAUCGGGCCCACGGGUCUGACGGGGGCCAAGGGGGACACGGGGGGUGUCGGGGUAAAGGGGGACAGGGGCGAGCCCGGUCCGCCUGGGCCGGUGGCGCUGUCGCGGGCUGAGGCGGAGGUUAUGACUAAGGGUGAAAAGGGCGAGCCUGGUCCGCGGGGAAAGCGGGGACAUCCGGGACCACCCGGCCCGCGCGGCCCGCCCGGCCUGCCCGGGCCGCCCGGGAACCCGGGCAACAACGGGAUUUCCGGGGACAUCGGACUGCCGGGGUGGACGGGGCCACCUGGAGUGGCCGGGCCGCCGGGGCCUCAAGGUCAGAAAGGAGAAAAGGGUGACCCCGGCAUUGGAUCACUCAACUUGGACAAGAUAAAAGGUGAAAAAGGCGAACGUGGGUUCGACGGAGCUCCAGGGCCGGCCGGCAAGGAUGGGCCGCGUGGGCCGGCUGGGCCACCAGGCGCCCCCGCCGCUAAUGUCCAAUACAUCUCUGUCCCCGGCCCCCCGGGGCCGCCGGGCCCACCUGGCCCACCGGGGAACAGAGAUGCUACAUUGACAGAUAGCCCGGACAUUAGCAAAAUGCCAGGCAAACCAACUCAGCGCGACGCCUUACAAAUUCUAAGAAGUUUAAACAACUUUGGCCAAUACCGGGAAGAACAAUUCGGUUUCCGAGACCCCACGGACCCUCUCAACGAUAAUUCCGACUUCGACGAAGACGAGGACGGCCGCAUGAUAGUGGGAACUAUCGUUUUCAAAACUACCAACUCGUUACUGCGGCUCGGCACCGGCAGUCCACUGGGCACACUGGCCUACAUCAUACAGGAGCAAUCCUUGCUGAUACGUGUCAACAACGGAUGGCAGUAUGUGGGGAUGGGCUCUCUUCUGGCCAAUCAGAACGCACCGGUCUCCGCGGCGACGGGCGCACCUGCGCAGGCGCCGCUCGAGACGUCCAGCCUCGUGCACCACAAGAACCCCGGGGGCGAAGGACCUGUGCUUCGCCUGGCCGCCCUGAACGAGCCUCGCACGGGGGACAUGCACGGCGUGAGCAGCGCCAACUACGAGUGUCACCGGCAGGCGCAGCGGGCCGGCCUGGGGGGCACUUUCAGAGCUUUUAUCUCUUCUAGGGUACAAACCAUGGCCUCAAUAGUGAGCUGGGUGGACCGCGGCAUCCCAGUUGUCAACACCCGGGGCGACGUACUGUUUAACUCUUGGGCGGAAAUGUUCGACGGCUCGGAGGCUCUGUUUGCCCACGCGCCGAGGAUAUACAGCUUCAGCGGGAAGAAUGUGCUCGUUGAUCCUAGCUGGACGACGAAGGCGGUGUGGCACGGCGCGUCCCCGAGUGGCGAGCCAGCGAUGGACGCGUACUGCGACGCGUGGCACACCAGCAACCCUGACAAGUACGGGUUGGCCUCGUCGCUGCGGUCCAACAAAUUGUUGGAUCAAGAGACAUAUUCGUGCAACAGCCGCCUCAUAGUGCUGUGCGUGGAGACCACUCCCCUCGACACCGCAAGGAGAAAAAAACGAUCCAAGUACCAUACAACGGAAAAAGUGCGAUUUCUUGAAGAUUUAAAAGACGAUCAAAAUGACACUAGAGGUAAAUUAUAGGUUGUAUAAAAAGACUGUAAAUAAAAAGUAUUGAAAAUUA